GCCCCGGGAUCCCGGGAGAGCGCGGCGGACGGCGUCAGCCCCACGCCCCGCCCCGCCCCCUCCGCCGGCUCACGUGACCGGCUCUGGGCCAGCGCAAACCAUGGCCGGCAUGGUGGACUUCCAGGAUGAGGAGCAGGUGAAGUCCUUUUUGGAGAACAUGGAGGUGGAGUGCAACUACCACUGCUACCACGAGAAGGACCCGGACGGUUGCUAUCGGCUGGUGGACUAUUUGGAAGGGAUCCGGAAGAAUUUUGAUGAGGCUGCCAAGGUGUUGAAGUUUAACUGUGAAGAGAACCAGCACAGCGAUAGCUGCUACAAACUGGGGGCCUACUAUGUGACUGGAAAAGGUGGUCUGACCCAGGACCUGAAAGCUGCCGCCAGGUGCUUUUUGAUGGCGUGUGAGAAGCCUGGAAAGAAGUCAAUAGCAGCAUGUCACAACGUUGGCCUCCUGGCACAUGAUGGACAGGUUAAUGAGGAUGGCCAGCCUGACCUGGGAAAGGCCAGGGACUACUACACAAGGGCCUGUGAUGGUGGCUAUACUUCCAGUUGCUUCAACCUCAGUGCCAUGUUCCUGCAGGGUGCCCCAGGCUUUCCCAAGGACAUGGACCUGGCAUGUAAAUACUCCAUGAAAGCCUGUGACCUGGGUCAUGUCUGGGCCUGUGCCAAUGCCAGUCGCAUGUACAAGCUGGGGGAUGGUGUUGAUAAGGAUGAGGCCAAGGCCGAGGUGCUAAAAAAUCGAGCCCAGCAGCUACACAAAGAACAGCAGAAAGGUGUCCAACCCUUAACAUUUGGGUAAUGUGGUCCACCCUCCCUCCCAGGCAACAAACUGCUUGAGGCUGGCAGCUCCUGUUUCUGAAGACUGAUGCAGCCCUUGAAGGUCAACCUGCUGGAGCAAAAAAACUUGGACUUGAAUUUGUAGCUCCAUUUACAUGGAUCCAUUGUCCCAGCUACUGGAGUAUAGCCUACAAUAUUUAUUUCAGUCAAUAUUCCUUUGUGUGUUCUGUACAAUGUUUAUUACAGUCAAUAUUCCUUCAUCUGGGUGUUCUGUGAAGAUAGCCAUGUUUAUGGGGGUCUUAGUUUUCAAACUCUGGCAACUCUGUGAAAAAUAGGAGCAAACUAGAGAGCCUUAGAGAUUGGUGGUAGGGAGGGGAGGAUAGCAGGAAGUUUGAAAAAUUAGCAGCCCCAGGGCCUAAAGGAAUCAGCUAUCAUCAUUUUCAUCAUUAUUAUUAUUUUGGUUAGGAUGGCUUGAAAAUCAGAACGUAUCUUGGUUUACGUAAUUGACGUCUUAAAGAACUAAGAACAGUUAAAUAGUCACAACUACCACCCUCUGACUUACAUAAUCAUUGGUGUGGGCUUCAUUUUGCCUUUAGAGUCACAUCUUUCAGUAAAUUCAUAGAGAUCAAGAGGGACGUGCAACAUACAGCUUAAAGGCUGUUAUGCUUCAGGGUUGCUGAAGAAGAUGAAACGUCAGCCUGCCAUCGUCUAGAAGAGACAUUGGCAGUUAAAAAUUAGCACCACCAGUGUAGUCGCCUGGCACUGCCUAUCAUGCUGAGGGAGCAGAUUCUUCCCAAGGCAGCUUCAGCUAGGAGUUUGUAAGCAAGGACUUUGUGACACAUUUGUCCCCUGGAACUGAGCCUUUUUAACUGUCCCUGUGAAUAAACAAUUUUGAGUGA